GCGUGUCCACUCGACACUUCACAGGAUGUUGUGAAAACACAGAUGCCAUGUUUUGUGCUCAGUUGGGGUAAAGACUACGCCGGGGGCAUUUGGUCAUUUCAAGACAUGAAAACCAGAGAACUAUGGAGAGGGAUGUGUGCUGUUUAAAAGACAUAGAGGACGUGACGUCAGAGUCUGGUGUGCAGAUUGAGAGGACCAAAACCUUGAUCGAAGAGAUCCGUGCUUUGAUCAAGAACAAUGAGGCGGAGUAUUGCUCUUUCUGGAGGCCUGUGCUCCCAUGGGGUGGCGUGUACACGAUACGGGCAGGUCAGAAGGCCAUCUCUUGCAUACCCCUGUACGUUAAAAUCAAUCUGAAAAACACCUGCACCAUCGAUGGCUUCCUCAUGCUUUUGUACGUCAUCCUGCGGGAUAAUCAGACCUUCCGCCGGGAAGUGGGUUUGUUCUUGGGGAAGCGCUUUGUGGAGCACUUUCUCUAUCUGAUGGACUCCUACGAUUACACCACAGUCAAGAUUUUGUGGAUCUGGGACAGGAUGUCUAAGCGUCAGUACCGCUCCGAGAUCCAUCAAGCCGCUCUGGAGAUCGACCUUUUCGGCAACGAGCAUGAGAACUUUACCAAAAAUCUGGAGAACCUGAUGUCUACCAUUCAGGAGAGCUAUUGCACCAACUGUUGCUGUCCGUCUCGUUUCCAGGAGCUCCUUCAGAACACCAUAAAUAUCAACCCCCCACAUGAGCUUCCUGAUAGAGAUCCUAUUCAGUCUGCAGUCGAUGAGUUCUUCUGUCCAAAGAUAAUCCUCUGCCAAGAAUAUGGGUGUAAAGGGCUAAGAGAGUUCUCCCAGAGAGAGUUCUGCCACGGUGCUCCUCCCUUCAUCAUCCUUAACAUGCAGAUGUGGAAAUCAGAGGACCUUUCCUAUGUUCCAUACCAUUUGGCUUUGUCCGAUCACAGGUACUCUCUAGAGGGUGCCACUCUCUUCAACAGGGAGGAACAUCACUACUCUGCAGCGUUCCAAAUCGACGGGUACUGGAUGCACUACGACGGGCUUCGGAGUGACAACUUGAUCUUAUUGAACAAACCACCGGAGCUGCUGCUUCUGUCCUCCCUGGUGUAUGUCCGAUCUCAUGAAAAAUGACACGUGCAUCCUUCAGCGCGGACGUGUCCAGUCUUUUCGUUCCAGCCAAGAUGCAAGCCACACCUGAUGCCACUUGUUUAUUCAAUUUGUCUCAGCCUUCAAAUGAGUUAUAUCAGGUAUGAGUGUUGUUUGGCUGGAAUGGAAACUUACAGCUACACUGCAGAUAAAACUCUGCGUCAGAAUAAGACAGAAGCCUGGAAAGGGUUAAAGCAUCAUCACAAAGUCUUUGGAUUCUCCUCCUUUCCCUCUUUUCUGUGUCCUUGCCUUGUUAAUGUAGUCAAGGUAAUCCUUGCUGUAUAUUUAGUCAGUUAACUCACCAAUACUUUUAUUACGAACAUUCUCUAUUAAAGACUGCAAAUAUUUUGUUAGUAUUCUGGCUUUUCUGUAAUUCUAGGGAUAAAUUGUAGCUCUUUUUUUUUUUUUUUUACUUUUACAAAAUAAUGCUUUAUACUUUUGUAAUAAAUGCUAUAAUUCGGCAAAGCCGAGUUAAACAGCUUCACUUUUUAGGUUGUGCUUGGAAUCCAAGAAUUUGUAAAUGGACUGUAAUAGUUCUGGGCCGGUAUGGGAAACUGUAAGAACGUUCCUCUAUAGAAAAAAAACCCAACAAAUCAUGCACAAAUGUCCGUUUCCUAAAGGCGUGGUUAAAAAAAAUGACAGUGAACACAAAGAUCCAGUAAAUCAGAAGACAUUCUGCAAUCCAGCGAUGCUUUAAAAGCUUCAUAGAAUCCAGCUAUUUUGGUGAUGCGAGCAGAUGCACACGGCAGCAAUGUUUUUAAGUACGUUACUCAGAAACAGCCAGAAGUGUGACCGACUAUAGAGCAAGUGACUAAUCAACACCAGAAAAAGCUGUUAGUUUGCACAGUGUUAUAUAACUGAUGUCGCAGAAAGUGCCAAAUCGACUUCUCAGGAAGCAAGACGAAUUUUUUGUCCUCAUUAUGAAAUAACAGUUCUGUGCUGAUGUAUGUUGUAAUAUAUACUUAAUUACGUUUGCUCAGUUUGUGUACGAAUUUCACAGACGUUCUGCUUUCCUACAAAAUGUUAUCACAUACUAGCCCUGAAUUCGGAUGUAUCUCUUAUUUUUUGUUUGUUUGUUUGUUUGUUGGCAGUAAGGCUUGUGUUUAAAUUUUAUACUUUUCUUAUCAUUCUUUCUCAUAUAUCCCUCAAAGCUUAAUUAAAGCUUAAAUACACGUGUGUGACCCGUACAGUGAUAAAAUCUGAUUAAGUAACAGUUUUAAAAACUAAUUCUGGCCUGUAUGAGUAAUAGUGUGUCAGUUUUUAAUUGUUUUUUCUCUAAAUUCCAGUACACGAUUUGGUUUACAUAAAGAUGACUAUAUUUAUAAUUAUUACCUAAAUAAUUUUGCACUUACUUUUAAUAAAAAAAUAAAAAAAAUUCCUCACUUAUUUUGGCUGUAUUGUUUUGUUUUGAGAAAAAAAACCCAAUGAAUGGUGAGUAAUCAAACAAGAAAGUAACUUCGUAGAGAUGCGUUGUAUUCUGGACUAGUGUUUCAACUAGCAUUAGCACGGUCUCCAUUACUUGACCGUGUUGGAUUUCUCAAUAUGACGUUGAACGUCGCUGGAAAACAGUGAGCGAGAAAAACUUGUCUUUUGUCUUUAAGGAGUUAGCACCCAACCCUGAUGGUUAUGUUUGAGAUUGUUGAAAUUAAACUCCACUGCAUUGCAUAACUGUGCUAGCAAUGUCCUCACGUGGUGUCACGCACCUGCUAACUUUUCCCAGGAAUAAUGAAAUACAUCAACCUACAAAUUCUGGACCUGCUAAGCAUAUCACAAAUAUUUUAAUAUAAACAAUACAUGUUUAAUGAGGGUGGAGUUUCCUUUAAAAUCAAAAUAUCACUCAUAAUUCUGGAUUUGAUAGUAGAUACUUUGUGGAGCUUUGUUCAAUGAUGUGUUACUAAAAAAAUAAAACAACAAUGCACACAGCAGAUUGCCUUUCGAAGUAGGCAUUUAUUUUUCGACUGGGUACAACUGCACCACACAGCUAAAUAAACUGGCAGAAAUGUGUGUGCUCUCUCUCUCUCUCUCUCUCUUUCUCUUUCUCAGUGCUUGCUAAACUGAAAAAUAAAUACUGCAUCUAUUGAUUAAGGUUUAUCUUUUUACUUCCAGUAACAAUCCACAGGUACAUUUAAGAAAAAAAAAAUCAAUAUAAUCACCCCACUUCAGACAAUAGCCAAACACCCAUGGAAAUUUUUUUUUUUUUUUUUUUU